AUGAAUUAUUCUAGCACCAACGAUACAUAUGACAUUGUGGCUGAUCGCACGCAGUCCAACUCCAGCCCCACAGAUGAGUUUCGCCAGAUGCCAGUUCGGUCUAUCUCGGAUAACCAAGAACAAGGCAGCGACGCCAACGUUGCUGGCGAUGUAUUGGGCGGUAACCCAUUCAGAGACGAGCAUUCAAAUAAGGAGCCUGCCACUUGGUCCGAAACCAUCUCCAGUAUGGCUAAAACUGCGGUUCGUCAAGGAUCGGCUAUCGUAAGCGAUGCGGAUAAAGCACUUGAUAAGCUCGCCACCAAGCUCAAUACGAUGAUGCAACCGGAGGAUGAAGAAACAAAGCAAAAACGAGACCGUGAAGCUGCCGAGCGCCAUCAAGAAGAAGAGAAAAAGGCAGCUGAGGCUCAAAGCGUCGAUGUACAAAAGUGUCCCGAAUAUGAACCUUCUGAAGGACGCUAUGACCAAGUACAAGAAGAAAUGACGAAACAAGACAAGGCCAUGAUGAGUCCUGUUGGUUCUCGCAGCUUACCGCCUAAAUCUGCAAAGGCAUCCGAUGCGGUGAUGGAAGUCAGCCCGUUUGGUUCGGAUGCCGGUUACGAUGCUGUGCAAAGCCGAGUUCCCACCAAGGAAGAAUAUCAAGCAUUCAAGGUGCAAGCGGAACCACCGAUUUCCGAUGCCACUCACGACAUGCCAAAAGCAAAUUAUACCAGUAACUCUGACAACAGCAACCGCUUCUCGACUGACACAAAUCUGCCACCAUCAAAUCCAUCGGAGGAAGAAGCCAUUAUGCGUAAGAAGUACCAUGUCGUAGAUCAUAAGAAGCACCAUGGUCAAUCUGAGAACGAUGUUCCCGAAGACGUGGACGGAAAACAAGCACGCUUUGAUAGUGAUUUCGAAAACUGGCGUCCCCCACGAGACACAUCAUAA